AUGGACGGUGCAGAGCAGCGGCCCGAGCCGGGGGACACGGGGGCCUCUGCGGCCCGCGCCGGGGGGCUCGCCUUGCUCCGGGACCAUAUGCCGUCACAGUUACCUGCACCCCAAACCCGACACCUGCACUCCAUUUCCGCACAGGCAGAUGGUGCAGUCUGGCCGCGUGCCAGUGCAGAGGCUCCGCCUGGGGACCAUCGCGCCCGCGCCUCGCCGCUGCCACCGCAGCCAGUGGGGACAGAUGCGGAGGGGCGGGGUCCCGGGGCUCGGGAACAGCCACCAAAGAAGAGGAAGAAGGAAGAAGGAAGAAGACCAGGGCUGAGCACCACCGCAGCAAGAGCAUGGCGCACCCAAGGUGCCCCUUCCCCGCCACAAGCAGCACCCGUCUCCCAAGGCCAAGGGAGCAGCAAGGCCACUGCCAAGACUGCCAAAUCCUCUGAAAGGAAUCCCUCCGGCACCACCGCCAGCCCCCCGCCCCCCGCCCAGCCACCUGCCAUCCCCUGUUACCCCACACACCUGAGGUGUGACGGGACCGCGUGGGCGUCCCCACGUGCCAGCCGGACGCCCAUGAAGGCUCCGGAGAGGCUGCAGAGAGGAGAAAGAGAAAGGAGAAAAGAUGAAGAGGGCGAGGAGAGCGAAGGCGGAGAGGAGACAGAAAGGAUAACCUACUCUCUAGAAAGGGUUGGCUAUGCCCGUGGUCCCAGACAACAGGCACGCAGUCAGGUGCGCCUCCUGACGAAGGUCCCACUGGAGCCCCCAGGCCCCAGCAUCAGCGCCCAUGCCUCCCCAGCGCCUCUUCACCCCAACCUGGAGGCCUUCUCGCUGCGGCCUUGCUGCCCCGCCACCUGCCGCCCUAAGGAUCUGCCACCUUCCUUCACGCCGGCUCCAUCCCUACCUCUGCCCCAAGGUCAACCUAGAGCAGCCACGCCCGAGCCAAAGCAGCUGCGAAGCGGCCGGGGUCUGGAGGAAGCACCAGGCUGGACACGGAGGAGGCAAGUCACUCAGCCCGGGGCCCCGACUCGGUUCCUGUGUGUCCCCGAGCCCCCGGGCCGCCUCACGCCCCCGCCCGCCUCUGACUCCCAGCACUGCGGUGACGCUCCCCGUGUCCCUCCACUGGACCUCAGGAAGCCGCGUGGCCUAAGCGGGACAUGGCCCCAGGCCCCCGCCCCGAGGCGUCCUCACCGCCGCCCCCGGCCCCGCUCCGAGGCAGCGGCUGGUACCCGCUCGGAGACGCUCUGCGCUGCCUGCCCGGUCCCGCAGGGCGGCCAGCCCCCACGCCCCAGCCCAAACCUCCUGGUGCUCAGCGGCCCUGGGGAGGAGCAGGAGAGGGACCGAGCCCCGCUGGCCGCUCCUCCGCCCCGGCAGCACCGAGCCUCAUCACCAGGCCCUAAUUAA